AUGAACAUUUUGCUGCAGCAACAUCCGACUUUCUUUCCCCAUCACCACAACUCCCCGAGACGAUCUCCGUCAAUAUCACCCACCCACCUCUCUCCCAGAAUGUCCGCCCGCAAGCGAAAAGCCGACGAUGACCUAGAUCCUCGAUCUCUCGACGAAGACAUGUCUGUCUCUCCUCUUACGUCUCCCGCAAUAUCAUCCCGCCACAUCGCUCGCCCAUCGAAGAAGAUCAGAAACAACGAAGUCAUAGGCCGACCGCUCGAACUGCCUCGCCUCCUCGAAACCCUCGAUGCGGACUCGCUGAGGAACGUCCUGCAAACAAUAUGCGAACGCCACCCUGAAAUCGGACAGGAAGUCGUUACAUCAGCACCACGCCCAUCUGUUGCAUCUACUAUUGGCGUCCUCGAGCAGUACCAGGAGCGUUUACGACAAGCCUUUCCGUUCGGUGGCAAUACUGGAAGCGAUUACGCAUAUAAUCGCGUUCGAAUCCAACUUACCCAACUGAUUGACGCUAUCAGCGAUUUCGUCCCUCACUACCUUCCUCCACAUGAAACACAAGUCACCACGUCUCUGGACUUUCUCGACAGCGUCACUAACAUAGUCCACCAACUACCCGACUGGGAAAGCUCGAGCCACAACCACCACAAAGAUAAUGCAUACGACGAGAUAUCACGGGCCUGGGCACGGGUCAUAAGCGAAGCAAGCAAGCGUGGAGGAGGGAUCCAACUACAUAACGGAGGGUGGGAUCAGAAACUUCAGAAACACAAUGCCAUGAGUGGCGGGCAGAUGCAGGCAGCUGUCAACGCACUAGGCUCAAAUUUGUACUGUGGCGGAGCGAACGGAUCCUCGAACACGAACAUGAACUCAAGCAAUGAUCCGAAUUCGAUCCGGAACCAGCUCUUCUCAGGCACAUAUGGCACCAACCUUCCAGUGCGUGUGGGACCUUGGUAA